CUCCGUGUGAUGUUUAUUGGUUCCCUGUCUAAUUUUCCCUUUUUUUCCUUUAGAAAGGAUCCAUUAUAGCUCCUCCCGCAUCUCGCAUUUAUUGAUGGAAUUUGUUCCACUCGCGUCGCUCCAUCUGGUACACCCACGCCGAUCACCGAGCAAACAGCGGGUCUCCCUUUUUCCCCCUCUGCAUACGUGACAGCUUGGGCUGGGACAGCCAGUGGGUACCGGUGCCGAGACAGCAAGCAAGGAAUACAUCAUGCGCGGUACUUAAGUUACCCAUCGUUGGUGGCGUCGGUUGAUCCCUCGUUGCCAUGCCGGUUGUUAUUUAUAUCACCUUUUCUCCCCUCCAUUGUUGGUGGUUUUCCCUCAUUCAACAAUCACUCUUGGUGAGCACUGUGUGGUGACCUGGUGUUCAUUUCCUGCUCUGCUGGUUACCUCCCACAUUAUCAUGAAGUUUGGUUGGUUCGAGGUGGCCGCAUUGGCGGCUGCCUCAGUAGUCAGUGCCCAGGAUGAUCUCGCGUACUCCCCUCCUUUCUACCCUUCCCCAUGGGCAGACGGUCAGGGUGAAUGGGCGGAAGUAUACAAACGCGCUGUGGAAAUAGUUUCUCAGAUGACGUUGACAGAGAAAGUCAACUUAACGACGGGAACUGGAUGGCAGCUGGAGAGAUGUGUUGGACAAACUGGCAGUGUUCCCAGACUCAACAUCCCCAGCCUGUGCUUGCAGGAUAGCCCUCUUGGUAUUCGUUUCUCGGACUACAAUUCAGCUUUCCCGGCCGGUGUUAAUGUCGCUGCCACUUGGGACAAGACGCUCGCCUACCUCCGUGGUCAGGCAAUGGGUGAAGAGUUCAGUGACAAGGGCAUUGACGUUCAGCUGGGUCCUGCUGCUGGCCCUCUCGGUGCUCACCCGGACGGCGGUAGAAAUUGGGAAGGUUUCUCACCAGAUCCCGCCCUCACCGGUGUACUGUUUGCAGAGACGAUUAAGGGUAUCCAAGAUGCUGGUGUCAUUGCGACAGCUAAGCAUUAUAUCCUGAACGAACAAGAGCAUUUCCGCCAACAACCCGAGGCUGCAGGUUACGGGUUCAAUGUCAGCGAUAGUCUGAGCUCCAACGUUGAUGACAAGACUAUUCAUGAAUUGUACCUCUGGCCCUUCGCGGAUGCAGUACGCGCUGGAGUCGGUGCUGUCAUGUGCUCUUACAACCAAAUCAACAACAGCUACGGUUGCGAGAAUAGCGAAACUUUGAACAAGCUUUUGAAGGCGGAGCUUGGUUUCCAAGGCUUUGUCAUGAGUGAUUGGACCGCUCAUCACAGCGGUGUAGGCGCCGCUUUGGCAGGUAUGGAUAUGUCGAUGCCCGGUGAUGUUACCUUCGAUAGUGGCACGUCUUUCUGGGGUGCAAACUUGACGAUCGGUGUCCUUAACGGCACUAUCCCCCAAUGGCGCGUUGACGACAUGGCCGUCCGUAUCAUGGCCGCUUAUUACAAGGUUGGCCGCGACACCAAGUAUACUCCUCCCAACUUUAGCUCGUGGACCAGAGACGAAUAUGGUUUCGCGCAUAACCAUGUUUCGAAAGGUGCUUACGAGAGGGUCAACGAAUUUGUGGAUGUACAACGCGAUCAUGCUGACCUAAUCCGUCGCAUCGGCGCGGAGAGCACUGUUCUGCUGAAGAACAAGGGUGCCCUGCCUUUGAGUCGCAAGGAAAAGCUGGUCGCCCUUCUUGGAGAGGAUGCGGGUUCCAACCAGUGGGGCGCUAACGGCUGUGAUGACCGUGGAUGCGAUAACGGUACCCUUGCCAUGGCUUGGGGUAGCGGUACUGCAAACUUCCCAUACCUUGUGACACCGGAGCAGGCGAUUCAGAACGAAGUUCUUAAGGGCCGUGGUAAUGUCUUCGCCGUGACCGACAGCUGGGCGCUCGACAAAAUCGCUGCAGCUGCCCGUCAGGCCAGUGUGUCUCUCGUGUUCGUCAAUUCCGACUCAGGAGAAGGCUACCUUAGCGUGGAUGGAAAUGAGGGCGAUCGCAACAACAUCACUCUGUGGAAGAACGGUGACAAUGUGGUCAAGACCGCGGCGAAUAACUGCAACAAUACUGUUGUCAUCAUCCACUCUGUCGGACCAGUCUUGAUCAAUGAAUGGUAUGAUCACCCCAAUGUCACCGGUAUUCUCUGGGCUGGUUUGCCAGGCCAGGAGUCUGGCAACUCCAUUGCCGAUGUCCUGUACGGUCGGGUCAACCCUGGCGCCAAGUCUCCUUUCACUUGGGGCAAGACCCGGGAAUCGUAUGGUUCUCCCUUGGUCAAUGAGGCCAACAAUGGUAACGGGGCGCCCCAGUCUGAUUUCACUCAGGGUGUUUUUAUCGAUUACCGCCAUUUCGAUAAGUUUAAUGAGACCCCUAUCUAUGAGUUUGGCUACGGCUUGAGCUACACCACCUUCGAACUAUCUGACCUCCAUGUUCAACCCCUGAACGCGUCUCAAUACACUCCCACCAGUGGCAUGACUGAAGCUGCGAAGAACUUUGGUGAAAUUGGCGAUGCGUCGGAGUACGUGUAUCCGGAGGGGCUGGAGAGGAUCCAUGAGUUUAUCUAUCCCUGGAUUAACUCCACCGACCUGAAGGCAUCGUCUGACGACUCUAACUACGGCUGGGAAGAUUCCAAAUAUAUCCCGGAAGGCGCCACGGAUGGGUCUGCUCAGCCCCGUUUGCCCUCCAGCGGUGGUGCCGGAGGAAAUCCUGGUCUGUACGAGGAUCUUUUCCGCGUCUCUGUAAAGGUUAAGAACACGGGCAAAGUCGCCGGUGAUGAAGUUCCUCAGCUGUACGUUUCCCUAGGCGGUCCGAAUGAGCCUAAGGUGGUGCUGCGCAAGUUUGAGCGUAUUCACUUGGCUCCUUCGCAGGAGGUUGUGUGGACAACCACCCUUACCCGGCGUGACCUUGCCAACUGGGACGUUUCGGCGCAGGACUGGACCGUCACUCCUUACCCCAAGACGAUCUACGUUGGAAACUCCUCACGGAAACUGCCGCUUCAGGCCUCGCUGCCUAAGGCUCAGUAAGAGGCAAUCUCGGAUUGUACAGAGAAUUUCCAGAGUUAUGAUGUACAUGUUUAUGAAUGACCUAGGGCAGGAUAAAACUUCGUAGGGUUAAUUCUAAUUGUUAUAGUCAAGUGUUGGGCUAGUGUUGACUCACUCGCCCGAUCAAGA